AUGGGAAAGCUUACGGAAAAGCAGGAUGAAUGGGAGAUCUUGGGCAAACUCUCGGUCAAGGAGCUGCGAAUCCUGGCGGCGAAGAAAUGCGUCCCGCUCACGCAGAUCUCCACGGCCGUUGAGAAGAACGACCUAAUCAAUCUGAUCAUCAAAGCUGGACCGGUCCUGGAUCAGUACGAUGUCAGUGUUGGAGUCAAGGUGUGGACAGCAGAGUCGAUUGAAAGCCACCAGCCAGGAUUGAAAGGCAAGGUCAAGAAGAAGGAGAAGAAGCCGAAGAAGGACAAGCCGAUAGCCAUCGAGGACAAGAAAAAGAAGAAGAAAGGCUCUUCCGAAAGUGAGGAGGUCACAAAAAUCAAAAAGCGAAGUAGAAGCAAACGCAGGAAAGGUGGACGCUCGCGAAGCCCCAGCUUGACCAUGAUGCUGCCUGCAGAUGCCCCAGCGCAAGUGGCAAAUCCUGAGGCUGCGAUGAAGGCUUUGUUGCCGACCAAGUCCGCAGCACCACCCAAGGCUCUGGCAGCGGCAGCUGCUCUCGACAUCCUUGACGAUGAUGAUGACGAUGAGGUGGUGGCAUGCGAGGUGUCACCACAAGCGAUCGAAAAAGUGGAAACCAAAGCUGACACAGGCACCAAGCGCCAAAGACGCCGUGAGCCGCCUGUGGUUGAGAUUGUUGAUGAGAAGGACAAGAGGAGGAGAAAGAAGGAAGCCAAGGAGAAGGAUGCCAAAGAGGCAACCCAGGACAAGGAGAAAGAAAGCAAAGAAACAGAGACUACAGAAAAGGAGAUCAAGGAAAAGGAAACCAAGGAGAAGGACAAGGAUAAGGAGAAGGAGAAAGAAAAAGCAGACAAAGAAGAAACUACCGCGACCGAUCUGUCGGCUCCACCUCCAGUGCCAGUGCAGGCCCGCAAAGCAAAAGAUACGACAGCACAGGCAGGUGUGGCGGCUGCUGCAGCAUUGGGCUUCAAUGUCCUGCCGAAGCAGUCGACCUUUACGCCACCCUCUGCCCCAGCUCUUGGGCUUCGGCCGUCCAUCAAUGCUCCGAUCCCAACACCAGCGACCUCUAAUCCUCAAGGGGGCCGCGUCUGCGUACAGUACCUUUGCUGGGCCAGAUGCGAUCGUGGCAGCACCUGUCCAGAGGCUCACAUCAUGGAUCCCGAGGAGGAAAUGCGUGUUCGUGCCAAGUUCAAGCUGCAAGAAUGCAACCAGGGCGCCAGCUGUACUCGUACCAGUUGUCUUUUCAGACAUCCUGGCGAGCGUGUUGAGGAGGCAAACCUGGGGCAACCCGGAAAGGGUCAGGCCUUUCACAAGCGAAGCGGCCUAGAAAAGGUUUACCGGUGCUGCGUUUUUUUCGAUCAAAGCUUAGUGACCAGGUUGCUGCAGGGUGGCCCCAAGAAGGAGCCGAAGGAGCUGCCAAAGAUCAGCAGUCAGGUCCCAGUGGACAAAAUCCUGGUGGACAACUUCGGCUACUCCAAGUUUGAUCAAAUCGGUCGUGAGGAGGAAGCUGCAGAAGCGAUUGACGCAGCAAAACGAAACGAGGAGUUUUUCCAGCAGCUGGAAAAGGACUAUGGGCAGAUGUGCCAGCAAGAUGGUUGGGACGAGGUCUUGAGAGCUGCCAAGGAAGAACCCAAGGUGAAGGAGCGUUCUUUUGAGGAAAUCCCUGCCGACUCGGACUACCAUCGGGUUUCGCUUCCAGAAGGUGAUCGUGAGCUCCGCUUUGAUCCAGAGCGGGGUCGUCAGCUGUUGGCGCAGCUCCCUCAAAAGCCGAGGAGAAAUCUGGAUGCUCUCCGCAAAGUUGAGGCUGAGACCAGAGAGGCAAUGGAAAAAGAGAGGAAGCGCAUUGCAGAGAUGCCCAAACGCGAACCCAUCCGGACAAGCUCGGACGUGGUGUAUCUGGACACCCUGGAUGACUCAGAGGACGAACCUUUGAAGGUGUCCGUGGACCCAGGGAUGAGACUGCUUGUGCUCCUUUCAAUUGUCCAGCCACCAGAUGCCUUGGGUGCACAAGAGACAGAGGUCCAAUUUUCUCUGGGGUCUCUGCCGAACCUGAUUGAGAAGGUCAUUCAGGAGCAGCAUCAAGAUCUCCUGAUGCAGUUGGACUCGCGGCUGGAAAGUUUUGGGCGCCGCAUGGAGAAGGAGAAGAGCUUCUCUGCAGUGCGGUCAGGAUCCAAGCUCUCACGUUUGCAUUCCCAGAGUUCCAAGCUCUCACGGCUCUCACGCGCUUUCACCAAAGAGGACCCUUUUGCUGCCUUGCAGAUGGCAUCCUCGUCGCCCAACCUCCCACAACGAAAGCUUGGUUUUGACCCGCCAGAGGUGGAUGAUAAGACAGCGCUUGACUCAGGAGGUUCACUGCCUGUGAGUCGCAAAGAAUCAGAUCCCAAGUCUGAAAGUUCUGACUUGGGAAUGCCGCAAGUAAUUUCUCUUCAACCGAAGGUGGAUUCGACGUUGUCUCGAUCGCCAGCGGAAAGCGGCCAAAAUGUGGGACACAUCGAUUCAGAGGCUGGCCUCAACAGCUAUGAUUUGGCUCAUCGUCAAGGUUCCAGGGUGGACCAUUUUAAGAAGCAGAUGAUGAUGUCAUCAAGCGAUGUGGUUGGUUCUGGUAGUCUGGACGAGCCGACGUACUGUUCCGAAUUUCAAAGAAGAUGUGCCAUGGUGGUGAAAUCCAAUAGCUGCGACCUGCUCUUCGCUUUGAUGAUUUUUUCCAACUCUGUUUAUCUGGGAGUGCAACUGGAGAUGACUUCGACAAACCCACACAGGAUUGAGAGCCAACAGGAAACAUUCUUUGCUGUCAAUAUGGUUUACGCUGUGGUGUUCCUUCUGGAAGUGCUUUUGCGAUUGGUGGCCAGCGGCGUCACUCCGUAUUUUUGCGCACCUGGCUGGGGUUGGAAUUGGUUAGAUGUCUUUGUGGUGACAUCCACAUGGAUUGAACUCCUUUUCAGCCUCUUCGAGCUGGAGGGUGCUAAUGGACUUAGCAAUAGCAACCUGCGACUGUUUCGACUUGUCAAGAUCACACGGUUGGCCCGCGUCUUGCGAGUUCUUCGAGUGGUGCAAUAUGUUCGACCGCUGCGGACUUUGAUGCACUGCCUCGUCGACACCACCAAAUCUUUCGUGUGGGCCAUGCUUUUGCUGGUACUCAUGAUGUACGUGUUUGGGCUACUGUUCACAGAUGCUUGCCUGGACUAUUUGCGUGAGGGCAAUGCCAAUGAUCCACUGAGCCCACAAAAGCAUUUUGGAUCAGUUUCUGCUUCCAUGGGCACGUUAUUCCGUUCAAUCUCGAAUGGUCUUGAUUGGAGUGAAGCAGUAGAUACUUUGCUUCCGGUGGGCGACAUUUGGAUUUGGCUCUUCUACCUGUACAUUGCGUUCAAUAGCUUCGCCGUGUUGAACGUCAUGACUGGCGUGUUCUGUCAUUCAGCCAUCAAAGCAGCCGAGCGAGACCAUGAGAUGGUCAUCCAUUCGCUGCUUCAAACCAAGAAGGAUUUCAAAGAGCUGGUUUCCAACCUCUUUUUCCGAAUAGACGAUCUGGGGCUUGGAAUGAUCACGAUCGCAGAAUUUGAGAAGCAUUUUAACGAUGAAGCAGUUCGGGCUUUCUUUGAGUCGCUUGAGAUGGGUGCAGCAGAUGCGUGGACCCUCUUUGCGAGUCUGGAUGCAGAUGGUGACAAUGUUAUCAGUUUGAAAGAUUUCACUGAACGAUGUAUACAACUUCAUGGCCCCGCCCGAUCUGUUGAUCUUUUCGCACUGGCGCAGCAAAAUGCCAAACUGCGAGAUCAGCUGAAGCACAUUGAGGAGAUGCAGUACUCCCUUGCACGGUAUGUGAAGCGGAAGGCACAAGAUGCGCUACAGAAAGAGAUGGAUUCCCAAGAUCCUGGGACCCAUUGCUUGGUUUGA